AUUUAUUUCCUGUGAGGAUCGCAACGAAAGCAUUGAACAUGGAGAAAUCUACAGCCACCGCUCAUCCGGCAUCGGGUGCGGGGCCUAAGGUGUCCCAGAUAGCGAAUCUGUUCCAACGAAAGCCCGUCGAGCUAGCACAGGACAUACCGACGCGAGGUGACAGACCCGCUACCGACAGUAGUACCACCGCAACACACUCCCCAACAGCAACGGUCGUGCGAACGGAAUCACACGCCGCCCGUUUCAACAACGCUCGCGCCCUGUUCGAAAAACUCGGCGAAGGGCGCGUUAAUCGUCCACCGCCGUUCAGUAUUAAGAUGUCACAUUCCAGCAGCAAGGAGGACAAUCUGUCCGAUAUCGGUUCCGGCCCGGACCGAUCACCAUCGCCAAAGAGAAAGCAAAUGCAGCAGCAACCGCCGUCAGCGAUCAGUAACGGCAUCGGUAAACUUGACUCGAAUCGCAUCCUCAACCAAUCCCGGCUAAAGUCGGAAAAGCCCGAAAAGCCAGAGAAACCCGAGCGAAAGUUUAACUCCCGUGAGCUAAUCGAAAAGCAAAAGAACUGGACGUCACAUUUCUCGAAAACGCGCACAACGAAGGGUAGCGGUGCGAGUGAUUUUAAUCGGUGUGACAUCAUCCGGACAGUACCAGGGACGGGUAUCAUUGCUGGGGCCGGUUCAAACUCCUCGGUCACUGCUGCGGCACCAUCGGUCGGUUCGGGGCCAACCACCAAUGGAAACUAUUCAGCCAUUCCAAAUGGAAGUUCAAAGGAGCAGCUGCCUUUCGUUGCGGAGCGGAACGGUCCAGUUGUGAAUCAUGGGCAUGCGCCCCUUAUUGGUAGCCACCAUCGGCUACCAUCUCCAAGCGAACCCCCGCCAAGCCCGCCAAAGCGACAGACACCUCCGCCGCCACCGCCGGAGAAAGGGCCGCGGACGGCGAACCUAAGACAAAACUCAUUCCCGAGCCCAACAAAGACACCGCCAGCGGUUCCACCUCAUGCCACCGAUCCAAGCUCGCUUAGCCCAACGAAGAUGAGCCCGGAGAAGCUAAAACCUCCACCGAGACAGGCAGAACCACCUCCAGCUAAUGCGACUCCGCACGCUAACUUACCUCCGGUGGCACCGGUGCGAAGUAGCACCACCGUACUUACCACGGUAAAUCACCACCAGCAGCAACAGCAGCUAGCAAGUGGUGCAAGUAUCGAACAACAGGUGCCACUGCCACCUCCACCGGAAAAGGCGAUCCGUAAGAAAUCGCUCGAGGGCAACCUGGACGAACGGCAACCGGGGCUAGCGGUUGGUAAUGGAAGCAAUGCUGCAAGCUUCAAGUAUCCCGAGCUUGGUGCCCUUGCCCGAAGGCAAUCGUCCGAGAAGGAUACCGGCUCGGGUGGGCUUACAUCGCCCGCACAUGCCAUCAGUUCUUCGCCGAGUCCAGGGGCGAGUGCUUCAUCGGGCCCGUCGUCGCCGAUUCACACCGAGGACGAGAAGCAGGAGAAUGAAUCGACGGAAAAGCUAAUGAAGGUUGGCAGCAGCGAGCGGGAAGAUUCGCGUGCCGAAGAUUCACCACCGGCCAACGAGGUGAAGACGGUAGAGGAACUAAAUGGAAAAUCCUCACGAACAGACGAUGAACAUUCCGGUGAACCACAGCAACAACAGGGCGGCGUCACACGCCGCACUAAAGUGUCAAGCAUCUGCUUUGACGUACCGGCCGCCGGGCUUGGCAACCGUCCACCGAGCAUCAUCAGUAGCUCAACCACCACGGACGAAGGUGGCUUCAAUGAACCGUCGCCAGAAAUUAAAGCCAAACUUAAACCGGCCUACGAGUUUGAUCUCCCAUUGCCAGCGUCCCCGCCACGGAAGCUACCGAUCGGUGAGGAUCGUUCACCCGUCGGUAGCCCAGCAGAAGCCAAACUGACGUACGCCGACUUGGGCUACCGGGUACGUCCGGACGGUACGGAGUGUGAUGAAAUCUAUGGAGAGGUGGACGUGUAUCGAAGUGCCAACACGAGCAGCAGUAUUAGCGGAAAGCAGCAGCCGGGUGUCGUGCCGAUUAAAACGGUGCCCCUUAAUCGAUCUCAACCCUCCGGCGCGAGCGGUAACAGUGUGCCGAACGGGCAGGGAAGUACACAGCUAGCGGAACCUCAAGUUGCCGGUAUCCCGUCAGCCAUUGCUAAUGGUGGUGGUCGUUCUGUAGUGACCGAUCGCGUACUUUACGCUUCCAUCUUGCCGUCCUCUCUCGGUGAUAAUAGCUCCAACACUACGACAGCCACCGACAGUGAGCUGGCGUUCAUGGACGGUGAACGGGACGAGGCCAAGAUAUUAGACUUUGACGAGCUGAGCGAGAUGGGCGAGAAGGGUUACCAUAGUGCGCAGAUAUUGCUCGAUCCGACACGCAUUACGCUGAGUGAGUUGGAGGAUGAUUACAGUACGAAAACGUUACCCGAUCCUCCGUCGCUGGCGUCGAUGAGGCCACCGCCGAUACCGGAGGGACCACCGUUGGAUUUGCAGGACAGUUUGAAGUUUGCGGAUGCAAGCGAUAAUGAGCAGGAUAGCCUGUUGCCUGAUGAGAUGACGGCGGAUGAAGCGGAGCGACUGCUGAGCUCCAGAAUAUUGGAGAACAAGAUCAGACAACGACCGUUACUCUCGGAUGAACAGGCACGAGAGGUGGAGCAAAUACUUCUCAACAAUCAAGCCAAAGCGGAAACGGAUGAGCAACCCUUGCCACGGGCAGUGGCAAGUCCUCGCCAGCAAGCAACGUCCGUUCCGGAGCCAGUUCCAGUACAAGCCGCCAAACCGGUGCAGCAAACGCAACUUCCCCCUGUACCGCUGCCACAACACAAACAAGGUCCAACCGCCCCCACUGCCACAGCGGACGAGCCGGACUGGCUGAAGGAUGUUCUCGAGGCACCGAAGAAUGCAAACUCAUCCACCUCCACGGUGGGAUCUUCCAUGCGUGAUAAGCCACCGCCACCACCACCUCCAACCAGCUCUAGCAGAAACAAUUCCACCACUAGUCAGCAGGAAGAUGUAAGCAUUGGCAAUAAUACGACCGAUUUGCUGAACCAAACCAUCCUUGAUUCGUCAUCGAUUUUGGCCGAUUCGUACGUCGAUACGGGUGACUCCAUACCGAGCGUUACAACCACAACGUCGGACAGUAUCAAUCUGAGCAAGCAGGAAGACUUUGCGGGCGAAACGACGGGUGUCGUUGAGGAUGACGGAGAGUCCAGACAUGAAGAAGAAGUUGCGGUUGAAGAGAAGGAGAUUAUUAGUGGUCGGCAGGCCGCAGUACAUCGACAGCAUGUAGCGGGCGGUGAAAGUAUCAGUGAGGCGGAUGUGUCCGCCGACGACGAGUCGAACAAUUCGGCCGGGUUCUACAUUCCCGAGUAUCCGCCCAUACGCUGCAAGGAGGUGUACGUUAAUCCGGAUGGGGUCCAUUUCUUUGAGGAUGGCAACUUCUGGAUGGAAGUACCGGGAUUGAUAGAGGCAGAACGUGAGAUGGACGAUGACGAUCUACGUGGGUAUGUGAAGAAAACGACGAAGGUAAAGUUCAGCACCAAUCCGAUGCAAGUGUUCUCGACGUUUUCGGUAAACGAUUACGAUCGGCGAAACGAGGAUGUGGAUCCGGUGGCAGCGUCGGCAGAGUAUGAGCUGGAGAAGCGCGUCGAGAAGAUGGACGUCUUCCCGGUGGAACUGAUGAAGGGACCUGAGGGUUUGGGAUUGAGCAUAAUAGGUAUGGGUGUUGGAGCGGACGCAGGAUUGGAGAAGCUGGGCAUCUUCGUCAAAACCAUUACGGAUAAUGGUGCCGCAGCACGUGAUGGAAGAAUACAGGUGAACGAUCAAAUCAUUGAAGUCGAUGGUAAAAGUCUAGUCGGUGUCACGCAGGCGUACGCUGCGUCCGUUCUGCGCAACACCUCCGGUUUGGUACGGUUCCAGAUCGGGCGCGAGCGAGAUCCGGAAAAUUCGGAAGUCGCUCAACUGAUUCGCCAAAGCUUGCAGGCGGACCGGGAAAAGGAGGAACGCGUUAAGCGACAGCUGGAGGAUUACAUCCGUCGUAAUGCAGAAAUCUCCGAAGAUAGUACACUGCCGGUGUCGGCCAAUUCCAGCGUUUCGGAAGGACCGGUCAGUCCGACGACGAAUGCGGCAGAAUCACUGUUCGAAACGGAAGCGGCCAGAAGCAGUGACGUGGAGUCGUUGCGUCGAAUCCUGCAAGAGAACCUUAAAACCAUUGCACUGCAUGAGGGCGACAUUCUGAACCUGAAGCAACAGCUCAUUAAAUACCAGCAGACCUGCAAUGAGGCAGAGCUGUUGAAUGAGCGCGUAAAGCAAACGGAACGCGAACUGGCCAAUAUUAAGAAGGAGGCCAACAACUAUCAGAACAUGCUACAGCAGUCCCAGGCACAGUAUCUGGUGCUGGAGAAGAAGUAUAGCCGGGUAAAGAAGAUACUGCGCGAUUAUCAACAUCGGGAAAGGGAUAUGAUUCAAUUCCAAGAGUAUUACUUGCAGCACCUGCAGGAGAAAGACACCGAGUACAAUGCGCUGGUAAAGAAGCUCAAGGAUCGUGUCAUCAGUCUCGAGCAAGAGCUGCAAGAAACGCAACGAAAAGCCGGCUUCCCGGUGAUACUGCCGUACGAUAGUGCGAGCCUCAAGCUCACGCCUCAGAUGUCCCGCCGCCAGCCACCGAAACCCGUCUUCCAGAAGCUGGAAACGGAUCUGUCCGAUACCGAGUUCAGCGAUCUUUCGCCGGACGGUGAGGGUGAGGAUGGUAAAACGGCAACGGUCGAGCGUAAGGUACCUCCGUCGACGAAGGACGAUGAUCUAGACGUUGCCGUGCCACAGCAUGAACUGUUGGACAACUCACUGAACAAAGGCAAAAGUGAUCUUGUUGCACGCGGUGGACUAGCGAAGCGUAAUCUGCCGGGUAAACGAAGUCAUAGCAACAGUGGAUCGGACUGUGCACUGGACGAGAGUGAUGAGGAGGAGGGUCAUAUGACGCGAAGCACAACCGGCGGUACGGAAGGUUCGCAUGAGUACAGCGGACUGUACAGUACGCCACAGAUUGUGAACCGUAAGGUGGCCACGCUGAGGGGAGAAGAGUCCGGUCCGCCGGUGUACGCGCAGGUAAACAAGGAGCGAAGUUCUGGUGGGGGAGCGCACCAUCAGGACCAACAGCAACAUACAACGAUUCCGAACAUCUACCGGGCCGCUGUUGGGUCGGACAAUGGGAAGCUAAACUCGAGCUACGGUUCGGAUCUGAACGCUUCAUCGUACGAUAGUGAUCUCGGUUCGUCGACGGAUAAGCUGAAAGACAGUGGACUGUCGAGCGAUAGUUGGAUGUACCCGAGCCGGCGACCGAAAGGCUUGAAGGGUAUUACUCCACCAUUGUUGGCGGAGCAGCUAAAGGAACGGCUGGCGGAGCGGGAAGGUCGUCGCGGAUCUGGCGGUGGUGGUUUGAUCGAUGAUGGAUCGUCACGUGAUUCGAGUGACGAUUACUCGGAGAUCAAUCAACAGCAGCGGCACAUCAGCCCGGCAGCUUCGUUGUCGCAAAAUUUGCUGGUGGAAAUCAAGAAAGCGGUCCACGAAGCACAACCGAAAGUGAAAAACAUACUUCCACAAAAUUUAUCUCCUCCAGGCGGUAACGGUCCAUGGCAGCAGCAGCAACAACAGUCUCAGCAAGGGCAGUCUACUAGCGGUGGUCCACCGGCAGGAUCACAAGGACCUCCUUCCCCGUCAAGCGUCUCGAGCGGUUCGACAUCACCCGGCGCCUACUCACCGAGCCGUACGCUCGAUCUGUCCGGUUCCACGUCCAGCUUUUCGAGCGAUCGAAUCCGUGAUACACACCAGUGGAAAAAUGGUCCCGUCGAAGAGUGGUCCAACGAACAGGUGUGCCAAUGGUUGCUCGGUAUCGGUCUCGAUCAUCAUAUACCGGCCUUCAUGCAGCAUUCGGUCGAGGGUGGCGCACUGUUGCAGCUCGACAAGCCGGACUUUAAAAUACUGAACGUGGGCGGUGAUGAUAAGAAGCUUCUGAAGCGCAACAUCAAGGAACUGCGCCGGCUAAACGAAAAGGAACGCAAACAGAACGAAAAGGAGCGACGCGAGCGGGAAAAGCUGUUCAAGAAAGCGGAAAAGAAAGCCGAAAAGGAGCAGAAAAAGCGAUACCAGAAGUAA